UCUUAAUAUCUUUUAAUAAAAGAUAAACUGAAAGAAAAAAAAAAUGUCAGUUAAUGAUAAUUAUGAUUUUAAUUUCAUUCUAGAAUCUGUUACAUUAACAGGAAAAAGGAUUCGCCUUGAACCAUUAAUUCCAUCUGUUCAUGCAGAAGAAUUGUAUGAGGUUUCACAUGUAAAUCCCGAAUCGAGGAAAGUUUUUGAUUAUCUUCCGUAUGGUCCAUUUAAUACUUACCAAGAAUUUUUGAAUUUUUUAAAUGGUCCAAGGAUAAAAGGAGAUAAUCAUACGAUUUUAUUUUGUAUUAUUGAUAUCGUUUCUGAGAAGAAGAUCGGAAUUGUUGGUUAUUUAAAUACUCAACCAAUUCAUAAAAAAAUUGAAAUUGGUCAUAUAUGGAUCAUACCAUCAUUUCAACGAACAUAUGCUAAUACAGAAACAAAUUUUCUUUUAUUACAAUAUGCAUUUGAAUCUCUUAAAUAUCUUAGAGUUACAUGGAAAUGUCAUUCUAAUAAUAUUAAUUCACGUAAAUCUGCUGAAAGAUUAGGUUAUAAAUUUGAAGGAACUUUAAGAAAUCAUUAUUUAAUUAAAAAAGUUAUUAAUGGUACUGAAAUUAUUGAUAAAAGAAAUUCUGAUUUUUUAUCAAUUAUAGAUAGUGAAUGGGAGGAUGUAAAAAAAAAUUUAUUAGAAAAAUUGAAAUAAUAAUACAUAAUACAUAAUACAUAAUAAU